AUGGCCAAAAGAAGUACAUAUCAAAGUCACAACGUAUGGAGAGCUAAACAGGGACGUAUACCAACAUUGGUGGCCAUCUCCAACAGGGGUAUAACAGUAAACUCAAUAAUUUGUUCUCAAUGCGGCAAAAAGGAGGAAACAGCGGAUCAUGUAUUGGUUGAAUGCACAUUUGCUAAAUCUGUGAGCAAAUGGAUCUUAAUAUGGUGUCAGGCACCCUUUACAAACCUUACGACAAGACAUGAUGUUAUAGAUUAUGCGUUAAAUUGGGGCAAUUGCCCGAAAAAAAAAAGCGAAGAAUAUUGGGGAUUUGUUAUGGAUACUUGUGGAGUAUUUGGAAGACAAGAAAUGACAGAUUAUUCAACAACAAGAGGAUGCAACCAACAAAAGUGGCGGAUAUAA